AACUUAAGAAACUAUCAACAGAAACAAAUGUUAAAUUUAUUAUAAAUGAUAGUUUCACUAAAAUUGAUAUGGAAAAGCCUGUUGAAAAAUAUUUUGAUUCAAUUGACACUAAUUCUGAAAUAUCUGAAAUUGAUCAAUAUCUAACUGAAAAAUUUUUUAAAAAACGUAUUGAAUUAAUAAAUGGAAAUUUAAUAAUAGAUUGCCCUAUCCCUUCAAAUUUAUUAAAAAGCUUUCCUAAUAUAAGUUCAAAUAAAUUUAUAAAUAUAAAAUAUACUGCUUAUACAAGCAAACCAGAUAAUUUCAAAAAUGAUAAUUUUACUCUUCGUCAAAUUGAAUAUAAACCUUCGAGAGAAACAGAACUAUUUAUUUUAAUAACACUGAAUGAGGAAGAUGAUGCUCAAUUAUCUCGAACUCUUAAUAGAAUUAUAAAAAAUAUUGCUUACCUUUGUUCUAUCAAGAAUUUUGAAAUAUGGAAGAAGAUUGUUUUGUGUAUAGUCUCUAAUAGACGUAAUAAUAUUAAUGAACGUGCUUUAGCAUAUUUAGACACUCUUGGUGUUUAUCAACAUAAUAUUGCAAAAUCUCAAUUGGAUAAUAAAUUU